AUGUCCACGACACCACCUGCGCCAGCAUCGCUUGCGCCGCCGGCCAGAACGAUGCCGCCUCCGGUCGCAGCGCUAGACGAACCGACACCGCCAGUUAAGGCGACGCCUCCAGCAACACCAGAUGACGCCGUCAGAGAUCCGCCGCGCACACUCACCGAGCCGCCACCCGUAGUGCUAUCCGUACUAUCGCCGGCAACAACUUCGACCGUGCCGCCGGCAGCACUGCGACGAACACCGCUCGACAAGCUCACCGCGCCGUCCUCGCCGGACGACACGAACACAGAGCCCCCGCGCGCGCUCGUGCUUCCAGUCGGCCCG